UGACUCAGACUCAUCUGAGUCUCGCAAAUCUACUGAACUGAAUCACCGACGCGAUAAUACAAAAGAAGUUACAUGUCUAAUUCAUUGCUGACUGAGUGGGAGAUUUUCAAUAAGGAGGUGCUUUUUCUUCUUCUUCUUCUUCUUUUAUUUCUUAUGGAUUCUGUGUUUGUUCGCUCUGAAUCAUAUAUAACCCUGGGGUUAGUUUUGCUCUGCCUUUGCAACUAGUCACUACUUGUGGUUUUGGUCAAGAGGUUUCGCAGAAGGAGUUGCUAUGAUGUUCUAUUUCUGUAUGAUAAUUUAUCUGGUUUUCUGGUAUUAAACCAUUUAGUUCCUGUUUCGGUUCCCUUUUCUAAAAGCGUCUACUUUGCAUGCUUUCACGUUUUUUGUGCUGCCACCUUCGAGUUGGUUACGCUCACAAAUAUCGUCAUCUUUAUUGCAUCUUCGCCACUGAAUUUUUCCAGAUAAACUGAUAUUUGAAAAAACAGCUGAGGCUUUGGUCUUUGAAGCCUUUUUAAAUCCUGACACUGCAUUCACCUCUAUUGAAACUUAUCCGUGUUUGUUUUAACCUGAUUCUGGGGUUGUGUUUCUGUAUCUCUGGUUUCACUAGUGUCAAUUAGGGGAAAUGCAGAAACCUCCACAACUUGUUGAUUUUGGUCUAAAGCAGACCUCGCCAAACAUUGGUGCAGGAGUUGUCACAACUGAUAAGCUUGCAUGCACCUAUGACCUUGUUGAACAAAUGCAAUAUCUAUUUGUUCGUGUAGUGAAAGCAAAGGAUUUGCCAGAUAAUAAUACUGAUGGCUGUAAUCCUUAUAUUGAGGUAAAGCUUGGAAACUAUAAGGGAAUAACUAAGCAUUUUGAGAAGUCAUUAAACCCUGAGUGGAAUCAGGUCUUUGCUUUCUCCAAAGAUACAAUUCAAGCUUCGGUUUUGGAGGUCUCAGUGAAAGAUAAGGAUGUUGUUUUAGAUGACUUGAUUGGAAGGGUUUUGUUUGAGCUAAAUGAAAUCCCAAAGCGUGUUCCCCCUGAUAGUCCUUUGGCAACACAGUGGUAUAGAUUGGAAGACCAGAAGGGGGAUAAAAUUAAGGCUGGAGAGCUGAUGUUGGCUGUCUGGAUGGGAACUCAGGCUGAUGAGUCAUUCCCCGAUGCUUGGCAUUCAGAUGCAGCAGCUGUUGGUCCUGAUUGGAUUGCAAGCAUCCGAUCAAAGGUAUAUCUUUCACCUAAGCUUUGGUAUGUUAGGGUCAAUGUGAUUGAAGCUCAGGAUUUGGUACCUGGUGAUGAAACUAGGCUCCCUGAAGCUUUUGUGAAGGUCAUUCGAGGAAAUCAAGCAUUGAGAACUAGAAUUUCCCAAAGUAGGAGUAUCCAUCCAAUGUGGAAUGAAGACUUGAUAUUUGUAGUUGCUGAACCUUUUGAGGAGCAUUUGAUUUUUUCUGUGGAAGACAGAGUAGGACCAAACAAAGAUGAAAUUUUGGGGAGGUGUGUGAUCCCUUUACAUAUUGUGGAGAGGAGGAUAGACCAUAGGCCGGUUAACACUAGGUGGUUUAAUCUCGAAAAGCGUAUUGAAGAAGGCGCACGGGAGCCAAAGUUAAAGUUUGCCAGUAGGAUCCAUUUGAGGAUCUGUUUAGAGGGUGGUUAUAAUGUUUUGGAUGAAUCAUGGCACUAUAGAAGUGAUCUUAGGCCAACAGCAAAGCAGUUGUGGAGGACCAGCAUUGGGAUUUUGGAACUCGGGAUUAUAGGUGCUGUGGGAUUGAAGAAUAUGAAGUCAAAGGAUGGACGAGGAACUGCAGAUGCCUAUUGUGUGGCUAAAUAUGGGAGGAAAUGGGUCCGAACAAGGACAAUUGUUGAUAGCUUGUCUCCGAAGUGGAAUGAACAGUACACUUGGGAGGUUUUUGACCUAUGUACCAGCAUUACAAUAGGUGUCUUUGAUAAUGGUCACAUAUAUGGGAAUGCUGGAGGGGAAGAGGAUAUAAAAAUUGGGAAAGUUCAGAUUCAGCUAUCCACACUCGAAACUGGUAGAGUUUACACAAAUUCAUAUCCUCUUCUAGUUUUACAUUCUUCUGGAGUAAAGAAAAUGGGAGAAGUUCAUUUAAGUAUGAGGUUUACAUGCUUAUCAUUCAUUAAUAUGUUAUCUAGUUAUUCACAUCCAUUGUUACCUAAAAUGCACUACAUCCACCCAUUGUCUGUGAUGCAACUUGAUAACUCGAGGCACCAAACCAUGCAACUUGUCUCCUUGAGCUUGAGCCGAGCUGAGCCACCUCUGAGGAAGGAAGUUGUGGAAAAUAUGCUAGAAGAGCAUUCACAUAUGUGGAGUAUGCGGAGGAGCAAAACUAAUUAUUUCAGAUUUGUGGGUAGGCUAAUUGCUAUUGGAAAGGGGUUUGAUGAUAUAUGCAACUGGAAGCAUCCUUUUACCACUAUUUUAAUUCACAUCGUAUUCAUUUUCUCUGUUCUUCAUCCCAAGCUAAUACCUCCUGCAUUUUUCUUCUGCCUUUCAAUGAUUGGGAUUUGGAACUACUUUUGGAGGCCUAGACACCCUCCUUGGGUGGAGGAUAGUCUGGUAUCUCAUGCUAAUGAUUCACAUAUUGAUGAACUUGACGAAGAAUUUGACACAUAUCCAACUUCCCAGCCAUCAGAUAUCGUUAGAAUGCGAUAUGACCGUCUCAGGAGUUGGGGAGGAAAGGUUUCCACAAUAGCUGAAGACCUGGCAAGUCAAGGGGAAAGAUUUCAGUAUCUGGUACGAUGGAGAGAUCCAAGGGCAACCACUAUAUUCACGAUAUUCUGUUUGAUUGCUGCUGCAUUUUUUUAUUACAUUCCUUUCCGAAUUGUGGUCAUUCUCACUGGCAUUUAUGUAUUAAGACAUCGCUGGUUUCGCAGCAAGCUUCCUCUAAGUCCCCUCAACUUCUUGACUAGGUUGCCUUCAAGAUCUGACUGCUUGCUAUGAACACAAUUCUGGGUCCUUGUUCAGUUCCUGAUCUGUUGCUUAUGUCUGUUUAUGCAGUCAUUGAAGCAAGGCAACAUGUGCCAAUUUCAGGGUCCAAUUUUCAACUUCCAGAGCAUUUUUUUUUUUUUAGCUUGUCCAAAUAUACAAAUUUCGUAAUCCUGCCUACCUUCAGGAGAACAAUCACCUGUAGUUAAAUAUUCUCUUUGGUCAAUUUGGUUUUCAUGUAUGCACUUGAGCAGCUUUCAUUGCCUGUUCUGUGCCUUUCUAGAUUAUACCAAGGCAAAAUAGAAUAAUCGGAUUGUUUGAGACA